CUCUUUCACAAAUAACCAAUCUUCUCUUCCUCCACGAUAAGCCAUCACAAUGCCAUCUGCGGAAGUCUUCAGCUCUGGUCCCGAGGCCGUCGCCUACACGACGUCCAACGGUGCACCUUACUCGGAGCCCUACGAGGCGCAGCGCGUCAAGGGCGGCAACAAGCCCAUCGGUGGACCGCUCCUGCUCCAGGACUUCCACCACAUCGACCUGCUCGCCCACUUUGACCGGGAGCGCAUCCCCGAGCGCGUCGUCCACGCCAAGGGCGGCGGUGCCCACGGUGUCUUUGAGGCCACGCACGACAUCUCGGAUCUCUCGUGCGCCAAGCUUUUCGAGCAAGGCAAGAAGACGCCCCUCACCCUCCGCUUCUCCACCGUCGGUGGCGAGUCGGGCUCUGCCGACACGGCCCGUGACCCCCGUGGCUUUGCGAUCAAGAUGAGGACCGAGGAGGGCAACCUCGACUGGGUCUUCAACAACACGCCCAUCUUCUUCCUGCGCGACCCAGCAAAGUUCCCCCACUUCAUCCACACCCAAAAGCGAGACCCGCAGACCCACCUCAAGGACGCCACCAUGUUCUGGGAUUAUCUCUCACAAAACCCAGAGUCGGUUCACCAGGUCAUGAUCCUGAUGGGCGACCGUGGUAUUCCAAAGGGACACGCGUUCCAGCACGGCUACUCGGGCCACACGUUCAAGUUUGUCAACGACAAGGGCGAGUGGCAUUACGUUCAAGUCCACGUUCGGUCCGACCAGGGCGUCGACUUCUACACUCAGGAGGACGGCGUCAAGCUCGCAGGCGAGAACCCAGACAUUCACAACCAGGAGCUCUUCGAGUCGAUCGAGGCCGGCAAGUUCCCCAGCUGGACCGUCAGCGUGCAGACCAUGACGCAGGAGCAAGCCGAGAACUUCCGCCACUCCGUCUUUGACCUGACCAAGGUCUGGCCCCACUCUGACUACCCGCUGCGUCCCGUGGGCAAGAUCACGCUCAACAAGAACCCAUCCAACUACUUUGCCGAGAUCGAGCAGGUGGCUUUCAGCCCCAGCCACCUUGUGCCCGGCAUCGAGCCAUCGGCCGACCCGGUGCUCCAGUCGCGCCUCUUCUCGUACCCUGACACCCACCGUCACCGCCUGGGCGUCAACUACCAGCAGAUCCCUGUGAAUGCGCCCCUGGUCCCCGUGGCCAACUUCCAGCGCGACGGUUUCAUGGCCGUCAACGGCAACCAGGGAUCGCGGCCCAACUACCAGAGCAGCGUCAAGCCGCUUCAGUACUCGAAGCGACCCACGACGGCCGUCGCCCACGAGGCCAUGGCUGCCUCGCAGAUCGAGCACUUCCUCUCGCAGGUCGACGACAAGGACUUCGAGCAGCCUCGCGCGCUGUGGGAGAAGGUCUUCGACGCCGCUGCCAAGGAGCGCUUCAUCAACAACGUCUCUGGCCACAUCAGCGGCUGCGCCGACAAGAACAUCAUCAAGCGGCAGCUCGCCGUCUUUGCUCGUGUCCACCCCGACAUUGCCUCGGGCAUCGGCGCAAAGGUCGGUGUGUCGGCAUGACUGCCGGGCCGGCUCUGACCUGGCGCUCUCUCUCGCUGUCCAGCAACGCUCGUGAAUUGUAUAUUCUCUCCGGCCACUAUCCUCUCCUAGGAUCAAAAAGAAUGUGAAAAAAAUGCCGAUUCCCCCAGCUGGAGAGUUCCUGGGUCGUAGAUGGUCACCCAGCCCCGCUCUUCUUCUUGUAUACACUUCAUUCACGUCGGUAGAAAGCGAGCGCCGGUGGCGGCCUUAGAAA